AUGGAGCAACCAACCCCUUCCACUGCUCUCGCACCCACCACAUUCACGCUUUUCCCAAAGCUACCAGCGGAGAUACAGAUUAAGAUAUGGGAGAUGGCGAUGAAGGAUGCUGGUCGGGUCGUUGAGAUGAUGGUGUAUACGGUCAAGGGAUACCCGCGCCACUACUGCACUGAUGCUAAGGUUCCUGAUAUUCUAUUGGUAAGUCAUACCUUUGAUGAAUGAGUUCAUAACUAACAAUGUUAGGCCACGCAUGCUGCUAGGGCAGCUGUACAACCAGCAUAUGGUCGCGACUGGACCCUCGAUGCAUGGACGACGGAACUCUAUAACUACUAUUGCGGUACCCUUGCUGAUGCUGGAGACCGUCUGGAAUAUUACGGUACAUCCUAUGACCAGGGCGAUCCUUGGGACGAGGACCUUACUUCAGAGACGUUUGACUAUUGCCCAAGGCCUGCCCAAGAUCGUCGAACUGAUGAGCAUUGCCCCCUUUUUCGCCAUCGCAUCAAUUUCGAAAUCGACAUCUUGUACCUCAACUUGAACCAUUGCACUACCAAGUUUUGGACCUCACUCUAUGACAUGUCCCCAGGGCAGCCAGUAGAGCGUGUCGCUAUUCAGUUUGAGGAGGAGGAGGACCCCGACACUGACAUUUGGGAUCUUUUCGCUAGGCCAACGUUGAGAGAGGUCUUUCUGGUAUUCGGGGACAUUGAUUGCUGCAACCCCAAUCCAUCUGGUCAUAAGCGAAUCAAGGAGCUUUCGACCGAUGGCGUUGUGAUCCCGGCAGAAUUCAACGAUCGCAUCGCCCAGUUCGAAGUCGGUUUUGCCCAGUACUGGAUGGAUGAGAUUUGUGCUGGUAUGAGUGAGGAGGAGAAGGAUGAAGUGGUGGUGCCAUCAAUCAUUAGAGCGCGCCAUCCGAGAAGAAUAGGGGUUGGGGGAUACCCUUUUUUUCUUUCCGCCACCAAUCCUCUCCUCGAACCAAUCCUCCUCGUGGGCUCUGCAAUCGCUCACCACCAUCGCCCUCACAGCUUCCGAUCUUGCAUCCUGACUAGGCCUGGGAACACCCCAGAGAAUCAUGAUCGAAACGACGGGUCCAUUGAUCCUCCACUACGAAGCUGGGAAGGAACAGUACACGAUUACCAUGGUCUGACAGGGGAGAGUAAGGGACAAUCAUGCAGUUUUCUGGGUUAG